AUGAAUGGUAAAGAGUACUUAAAAUCAUAUGGUUGGAAAGAGGGCACUGCUUUCAAAGAGGGCGGCCUUAAAAAACCUGUUCUUGUGAAGCACAAAAAGGAUAAUAAAGGCAUUGGUGCCCGCGCUAAUGAUGGGGAAAUGUGGUGGGAGCAGUUAUUUGAUGGUCAAUUGAAAGGUUUAGAUGUGGCUGUUGGUGGAAAAGGUGAUUCUUUAAACUUCACACAAAACAAGAAAAUAUCAGAGUAUGAAAUGAGAAAACAACUAUCGCCAUUAUAUCAGUGGUUUGUUAAAGGUCAAGGCUUGCAGGGUACCAUUGGUGUCGUAGAAGUCAACCAAGAACAGAUUACUACCAUAUUUAGCUCAAAAGAUGAAAACAAGGAAAAGAAAUCGAAGAAGGAAAAGAAAGAGAAAAAGGAUAAGAAAGAGAAAAAGGAUAAGAAAGAGAAAAAGGAAAAGAAAGAUAAGAAGGACAAGAAGGACAAGAAGGAAAAGAAAGAAAAGAAGGAUAGGAAAGUAAAGAAGGAUAAGAAAGAAAAGGACGAGAGAAAGGAAAAGAAAUUAAAGGAAUAUGCCGAAAAGAAAGUGAAGUCUACUAGAAAGAAAGAAGGAUCAAAUAAAGAUGAUAAAACAUCAAAUUCAAAAUCUUUGAAGAGAAAAUCAGAGGCUGAUUCUGACUCAGAUUCGCAUAAAAAGAAGAAGAAAAAGAGGUCAUCCAAAUGA